AUGCACAUCAAUGGUAACAUGGCCAGUCCGCACAAGCCCUUGAGUUGGUCAUCUUCUCCCAACCUUAUUGUUGACACUAUACGGGAAGAUAAAGAUUACUUGGUGGGGUUUGGUGAUCCAGCCACGACAAGUCACCUUCAGGCUCCAGAGAACCAGGAAAAGUGUGAUAACCUAGAAAAUGCCAGUAGCCCAGUAACUGCAGCUGUCCUAACCUCCAUCAGUGAGGACUCAAGAGACCAGUUUGAAAACAGUGUUCUACAAUUGAGGGACCAAGAUGAAAUGGAGAAUACUGCACCUCAGGGCACCAGCCACUCAGGAGAUGGAGGCAGUAAUAGUGGCACCGAAGACAUCAAGAUACAUUUCAGCCGCUCGGGAAGUGGCAAUGGUGGCUUUUUAGAAGGACUUUUUGGCUGCCUCCGACCUGUAUGGAAUAUGAUUGGCAAGGCUUAUUCUACAGAUUAUAAGCUGCAACAGCAAGAUACUUGGGAAGUCCCAUUUGAGGAGAUUUCGGAGCUGCAGUGGCUGGGUAGUGGGGCACAAGGAGCGGUUUUCCUGGGGAAAUUCCGAGGAGAAGAAGUCGCCAUCAAGAAAGUGAGAGAGCAGAAAGAAACUGACAUUAAACACCUGAGAAAGUUAAAGCACCCCAACAUCAUUGCCUUCAAAGGUGUUUGUACGCAGGCCCCAUGUUACUGUCUUAUUAUGGAGUACUGUGCCCAUGGACAGCUUUAUGAGGUACUCAGGGCUGGGCGCAAGGUAACCCCAAGACUCCUGGUGGACUGGUCAACUGGGAUUGCUAGUGGCAUGAACUACCUCCACCUGCACAAGAUCAUUCAUAGGGAUCUCAAAUCACCCAAUGUCCUAGUCACGCACACAGACACAGUCAAAAUUUCGGACUUUGGAACAUCCAAAGAACUUAGUGACAAAAGCACCAAGAUGUCAUUUGCUGGCACUGUGGCAUGGAUGGCUCCCGAAGUCAUCCGCAAUGAGCCGGUCUCGGAAAAAGUGGACAUCUGGUCUUUUGGAGUUUUGCUAUGGGAACUAUUGACUGGGGAGAUCCCGUACAAGGAUGUGGAUUCAUCAGCCAUUAUCUGGGGAGUGGGCAGCAACAGCCUGCAUCUUCCAGUUCCUUCUACCUGCCCUGAUGGCUUCAAAAUCCUCAUGAAGCAGACAUGGCAAAGCAAGCCCAGAAACCGGCCAUCAUUCAGGCAGAUUCUUAUGCACCUGGACAUUGCUUCAGCUGACGUCCUAGGAACUCCACAAGAAACGUAUUUUAAAUCACAGGCUGAGUGGAGGGAGGAAGUAAAAAAACAUUUUGAAAAGAUUAAAAGUGAGGGGACCUGCAUCCACCGUCUGGAUGAGGAACUGAUCCGCAGACGGAGAGAAGAGCUACGACAUGCACUGGAUAUCCGUGAACACUAUGAACGUAAGCUGGAGAGAGCCAAUAACCUAUACAUGGAGCUCAGUGCUAUCAUGCUUCAGUUGGAAGUCCGAGAAAAGGAGCUAAUCAGGCGUGAACAAGCUGUAGAGAAAAAAUACCCUGGAACUUACAAGCGCCACCCUGUCCGCCCGAUAGUUCAUCCAAAUACUGUUGAGAAAUUGAUUAAGAAGAAAGGGGUACCUUCUAAAUCAACAUCUCACACUAGACGGCCUGACCUAUUGAAAUCAGAUGGCAUAGCCAGCGUGGAGGCAAAUGCACCCAGUUCAUCUCCCAUAUCUGGAAGUCCAAAGAUAUCAUCAGGUGGGAAGAGCCGGUAUCGAAGCAAGCCACGUCAUCGGCGAGGGAACAGCAAGGGCAGUCAUGGUGACUUUAUGGGCAUUUCAAAAAACCAGGACUCUCCUUCCCCUUCCCAAGCUGCUCGUCAUCUUUCUCCUGCAUCUCCCCCAUUCACCCCACCAAGUCCCCGCCACGAUCAAGUCCAGCCCACAUUUUCUCGACACCAAACUCUUAAUAUGCAUGGGCAGAAUAUUGCCAACUGUGCCAACAACCUACGAUACUUUGGCCCUGCAGCUGCACUAAGAAGUCCUCUGAGUUGUCAUGCUCAGCGGUGUAUGUCUGGCUCUAGCCCUGACCUCCUCUCCAGCACACUGGAGGCUGACAGCCGCUUACAAACAGAAAACAACUGGGAGCCCUGUCAGCAAGACUCUUCCAACUCUUGCCUAAACUGUGCUGAAGCCUCUUCUCAGCCCAACCUGAACCCAGAAUCUUGGGAAAAUUCUAGAAGUGAAAAUCCAGAGCUAAGAAACGCUGAGGGAAACCCACCAGAGUCACAAAGGCACAAUCAUAUGCAAGAAGGAACCCAGGUUCAGAUGACUGGGCUAGAUCAACUUCCUAUCAUUAGGGCAGCAGUGGGAGUGAGUUCUUUAACCAUCCCAACACCACCUGCUCUCCCACGAAGGAUAAACGCACUCUUAGAAAGAAUGGAGAUGAAUCAUCCGAGGAAGAAGAGGGUGAGGUAG